AUGGCUGCAACUGAAUGCGGAGAGCCGGGUGACGUCAUCGAUAAGCCGGGACACGAGACGUACUUCGCCAAACCCGAACACUUUUUCCCCCAUUUGACAGAGGAUGGCAAAAUUCCGACGGCUCAGUUCUUGAGUGCUUGUCAGGGAAUUUCGGAUUUCGUUUGGAAAUGUGGACAAAGUGCGUACGAGAUUCGAAAAGAUCAAGAGGGGCAGAAGUAUUUACAAGAUCUCAUCGAUGCGGAUUUGGCGGAACACGGAGGAAAAUUCGGAAUCGCCACCGAGGGAUUGUUAUGGUUGAAGAGAGGUCUCCAAUUCAUGCUUGAACUACUCGCCGAGAUGGUCACUGCCUACAACAGUGGUCUGCCGAAACAGAAAACAGAGGAUUUGAGUGGAGCGGUGGCCACCGCCUAUGCCAAAUCACUCAAGAGACAUCAUGGUUUCAUCGCGAAACAGGCGUUUAAGGUAGUGACAAUGGCUGUCCCCUACCGUCAUACCAUACUGAAGGCGGUCGCUUUGGGACAAGAAGGACUCGACGACGUCUGUAUUCAUCAUAUUCAGUGUCAUUUGGACAAUUUCCGAUUGAAUGUCAAGACACUUGUCGAUUAUUAUAUUGCCAAGAACUUGGACACACCCGAUCCGUGA